AUAGCGGCUGGUCGGCCACCCACCCCAGCUUCCAGCCGGACGGCCUGGAUGGAUGGAGCAGGAGGACGAGGCCGCCGCUCCCCGGGACAAGGCGGACGCGGAGGCGGAGGCGGCGGCAGCAGCCGCCAAAUCCGCCCGGCUCGACAUGAGCCACGGCUUCGUCCGCCACAUCCGCCGUAACCAGAUCGCCAGAGACGAUUACGACAGGGAGGUGAGACAGGCGAAGGAGAGGCAGAAGAAGAGGCAAACGCCAGCUCCAGUCCGUCCCCGCAAGCCUGACCAGCAAGUGUACCACCCGCGCCGCAAGAACGGAGUGGAGUAUUCUUCGGGCUUCGAGUGCGAGGAGUCCAACGAGAGCAGCUCAGGGACCGACCAGGAGCCGCCGGCGAUGGAGCACCGCAGCACCGAGCUCUUCUGCCUGGAUUACCAGGCGGACGACAAAAUCGUCACCUCGGUGGUCAUUCACCAGGGAGACCAGAACUGCUCGCAAUAUUCCGACAACGGCCGAACCAAAGCCCUGUACAGCCGCAACAUGACCUCCCCACUCCUCCAUUCAUUUUAUUUUAACGAAGCCAAGAGAGCCUGUUCUGAUCGGGAAGAGGCAGUCGGAGCUCGUGAAAGGUUAACUGGGGCGACGAUCCCAGGAUCGUGGCCGAAAAGAUCGGGAGUAAGAACAGCCUGGAGCCUCUGAUGAAAGAAGCCCUGAGACUGCGGAUUCAGGAGGAGAUCGAGAAGAGGACCUCGAAGCGUUGAGCGGCCCCACCCCAGACACAGCCGGCGCUCGGGUUGUUCCUUGGUACUUUUCAAUGUCUUUGUGCGGUUUCUUUUCCCCAGCUCCAGAGUGAGGUGUGGAACGAUUCAAGGGCCCUGCUGGGGAGGGGGUGGGGGUGGUCGGGGUGUGUGCUGCAGCAACUUGACCGAGAACCGAGGGAACGGGAAAGCGAGGGCGACUUUGAAUUUCUGUAGUUAGACAACAGCCAUUGUCCAGUGGGAGUGUGCCACACUGGAUAGGCCUUGAAUACUAGUUCCGCAAUUCGCUGUGCUCAGUGUUAAACAAGAGAAACCUGACAGUACGCCGUUAAUUCACGAAUGAUGAGCAAGUUUCACUUGUUAAAGUCCUCCACCAGUGCCAAUAUCGUGGGAGCGGGACACCCCAUUUCUCAAAGAGAGCAGCAGCUAAAGUUUCCACGUUAUCCCCUUCCACGUGGCGUUGGAAAGCAAGGGAGUCACAAUCCUGGUUCACCUUUCUUCGAUGGCCGACUGCAAGAAUAUGGAAAGCGAGCCGACCCUCACCUUGAAUGCCGUGUAGAAUUGGUGCAUAGUAAGGGACGGCCAUCUGCAAUCAGCUGGGGGGGGGGUGGCCAGAAUAACUCUGCCCAGUGUUUCGGUUCAAAACCCACGUGGCCACAGAGCGGUUUUGUUGUCGAAUCUUUCAAUAGUGUUUGGUUUGACGCUCCUGUCCCUGGGUGCCAUCCCUCACCCACAAGGUCAGGGCGAAGGAAAUACUCCCGACUUGGUUGUGGUUUUUCAAGAGUUAGCCGUGUUUUGGUUUGGUUGCGGUAGAUUUGGACCCUGGCUGUGUCCAUAAAGUGGUUCUUGUGAGUGUUCCUGUUCUGCUAUGUGUCAAAUAAACUUUGUAUGUUUUUAAAA